UCACUGACCCCCGUGUCUGUCACUGACCUGCUGUGCAGUGCCCGGGGCGAUGGCCGCAGAGGCGGUGAAGGUGGCUGUGCGCUGCUGGCCGCUGAGCGGGCGUGAGGCAGUCCUGGGCCACCAGGCCAUUGUCAGUGUGGACAGCGCACGGGGCUGGUGCCUGGUGCGGAACCCCGCGGCCCCCGCUAGCCCCCCCCAGCAGUUCUCCUUCGACGGGGCAUUCGGUGGGGAGCACAGCACCGAGCACAUCUACAACGAGAUCGCCUACCCACUGGUGGAGGGUGUCAUGGAAGGCUACAAUGGCACCAUCUUUGCCUAUGGCCAGACUGGCAGUGGGAAGUCCUUCACCAUGCAUGGACUUGCAGAUUCUUCCUCACAGAAAGGGAUCAUUCCCAGGGCAUUUGAACACAUCUUUGAGAGUGUACAGUGUGCUGAGAACACCAAGUUCCUGCUGAGAGCCUCCUACCUGGAGAUCUACAAUGAGGACAUCCGAGACCUUUUAGGAGCUGACACCAAGCAGAAGCUGGAGCUGAAGGAGCACCCGGAGCAGGGGGUGUACGUGCAGGGGCUGUCCCUGCAUGCUGUGCACAGCGUGGCCCAGCGUGAGCAGCUGAUGGACAUGGGCUGCAGGCGCAGAGCAGUGGCCUCUACCCUGAUGAACAAGGGCUCCUCCUGCUACUCCAUCUUCACUGUCUGCGUGGAAAUCUGCACUCUCGAGGAGCGAGGGCAGGAUCACCUCAGGGCUGCCAAACUCAACUUGGUGGAUCUGGCAGGGAGUGAGAGACAGGCAAGGACUGGUGCCACAGGGGAGAGGCUCAAAGAGGCCACCAAAAUCAACCUUUCCCUAUCUGUCCUGGGCAAUGUCAUCUAGGCCCUGCUGGAUGGCAGGUGCAGACACAUUCCCUACCGAGACUCCAAGCUGACCAGGCUGCUCCAGGACUCCCUGGGGGGGAACACCAGGACCCUGAUGGUGGCAUGUGUGUCCCCGGCUGAUGACAGCUACGAGGAAAGCCUCAGCACCCUGCGCUACGCAAGUCGAGCAAGGAACAUCAGGAACAAGCCCUGCAUCAACGAGGACUCUAAGGACACCCUGCUGAGGGAGCACCAGGAGGAGAUUAAGAAGCUGAAGGCCUUUCUGGCUGAACAGAUGGGUACGAGUGACUUGUCAGGGCUUCUACCUGCUGAGGCUGUUCACCUGGGAGCAAAUCCAGCUCCCUGCUUCAAACCCCAGGUGGAUCUGGAAGCAGAGAAGCAGCUGAUCAGAGAAGAGUUCCAGGAGAGGCUGGCCCAGCUCCAGGCCAGCUACCAAGCAGAGCAGGCAUCCCAUGCCCGCCUGGAGAAGGACAUCAGCAGCCUGAGGGAUGACUUUGAUCUCAAGGUGUCUGUUCUCCAGGAUCUCCUCAGGAAGGAAGCAGGUGCAGUAAAAAGCCUCAUUUUGGAAAUAAUCUCUGACCACACACCUUCAUGUGAAGAUGCUGUUGCUGCAGCACGUGAAGAGCCAACAUCAGCCCAGGACCCAGCAGCACCUGGGACUGUCACAGUCACCAGUGGGGUGAGCAGGGGCAGUGCUGGAGCAGUGGGAGCUGUCACUGCCCCGGGGAUUUCCCUGCCUGUAGACCAGCAGCUGGUGCUCACCAGGCUGCAGGUGCUGCAGCAGCAGGCUGGGGGGGAGCAGGCUCAGAACAAGGACCUGAAGGAGAAGCACAAACGGCGGAAGAAGCACGCGGACGAGCGGAGGCUGCAGCUGGCGGCUGCCCUGCAGGAAUCCAGCAAGGACAGCAGCGAGCAGGCUCUCCUCAAGGUCUAUGACUCCAUCCAGGAGGAGGUUCGAGCCAAGAGCAAGGCGCUGGAGAAGGUGCAGGAGAAGCUCCGAGCUGCCCAGACUGAGAUCCAAGACCUGCAGCUGGAGUUUGGGCUGGAGAAGAUGGAUUACCUGAGCACCAUCCCGCGCCAGGAGCGAGAGCUGCUGCUCUGCCAGCAACUGCUGGAUCAGGUGCAGUCCCUCGUGUGGCGCGACUGCAACUACAGCAACCUGGAGAGGAUCCGCCGUGAGUCCGUGUGGGACGAGGAGAGCGGCUGCUGGAACAUCCCAGAGCCUGUCACUCAAAGAACCCACCUGCCUGCAGCGGUUCCGGCCCUACCACAGCCCAAACCUGGCCGGACAAGCUCCUCGAAUGAGAGCAGGGAGACAGCGCCCAAGGAAGGCCACUACAGGCUGGUACUGGACAGGAGCGACAGUGAGACCAUUGCCAGCAACUACUUCCGAUCUCGGCGAGCCAGCCAGAUCCUUCAGCUGGACCAAGCUCCCGCGGGCUCCGAGGGGGCUGCGGGCAGCCGCGUGCCCCAGGCCCGGCCCUUCCGCCUGCAGUCCCUGGCCCUGGCGCCCAGCGCCGACACCAAGCGCAGGAAGGACAAUGCCAGCUCAAGUGCCCGCCGCUUCUGACCCACCGCGGGCGUGGGUGGCCGGGGCCGCCGCCGCGCAGGAAGCAGGGGACGGCGGCGGGGCCCUCCCUUGUCCGCGACGAUGGCGGCCGCGCUGAGGCGCGAUAGC